GUCAGUGUGUAGAAAACACGCUGCCGAGUGGGCCAGAACCGAACUUUACCAACAUUUUGUGGUCUUUCGUGAUUUUAUCUGUUGGGUGCCGAUAUUUUCUUGUUCGCCAUGUCGGUGGCUGGGUGUGUACCUGGACAGUUUGACGACGCAGAGGAGGACAGUGAGCAGUUAGCAGCUCCACAGAAUCCAACCAGUGGCGUCACUGCAGAGCCUUUAUCAGAGUACCAGGAGGAAGAUGAGGAGGAGGAGGACGACGACGACGAUGAGGAUGACGAGUGGGACUGGGCUUCAUCGGGAGAUCUGACCAAAAGAUACAACCGAACGUCUCUGAACAGUCAGUCCAACAGACAGAAUCCGUCGAAUAAGGCUUUAUCAUCAUCUACACCUUCUGAUAAAGCUCUGAGGAAAUAUGAAAACAAGAUCAACCUGGAUAAACUGAAUUACGCUGAUUCGGUGAUCAAUAAAGUGACGACGAUGCAGAAACAGAAAGAAGCCGACACGUACAGAGUGAAGGACAAGUCGGAUCGGGCCACGGUGGAGCAGGUUUUGGAUCCUCGAACUCGAAUGAUUCUGUUCAAGAUGCUCAGUCGAGGACUGAUCAGCGAAAUCAACGGCUGCAUCAGCACCGGGAAGGAGGCUAACGUUUAUCACGCCACCACGUCGCUGGGAGAAAGCAGAGCGAUCAAGAUCUACAAGACGUCCAUCCUGCUGUUCAAGGACCGAGACAAAUACGUCAGCGGAGAGUUCAGAUUCCGCCACGGGUAUUGUAAAGGGAACCCCAGGAAGAUGGUGAGAACGUGGGCUGAGAAGGAGAUGAGGAACCUCAUCAGGCUACAGACGGCAGGAAUCCCGAGUCCAGAACCUCUGCUGCUCCGAAGUCACGUCCUCCUGAUGAGCUUCAUCGGAAAAGACAACAUGCCGGCUCCCCUCCUGAAGAAUGCGGCGUUGUCGGAGUCGAAGGCCCGAGAACUGUACCUGCAGGUUCUGCAGAACAUGAGGAAGAUGUUUCAGGAUGCUCGGCUCGUCCAUGCGGACCUCAGCGAGUUCAACAUGCUGUAUCACGACGGAGACGCAUACAUCAUCGACGUGUCCCAGUCGGUGGAGCACGACCAUCCUCACGCUCUGGAGUUCCUCAGGAAGGACUGCAGCAACGUCAACGAAUUCUUUGUGAAGCACGGAGUCGCCGUGAUGACGGUCCGAGAGCUGUUUGACUUCGUCACCGACCCGUCCAUCACCUGCCACAACAUCGACCAGUACCUGGAGAAGGCGAUGGUGAUCGCAGCCGACCGGACGUCAGAGGAGCGGACCGACCAGGACCGAGUAGACGAGGAGGUGUUUAAGAAGGCCUACAUCCCACGCACGCUCACCGAGGUCAAUCACUAUGAGCGUGACGUCGAUCUGAUGAGGACCAUGGAGGAAGAAUCGGCUUUAAACGGACACGACGACAAUAUUCUGUACCAGACGCUGACGGGGCUGAAGAAAGAUCUCUCCGGAGUUCAGACGGUUCCUGCUCUGCUGGAGGAUGACUGCUCUUCGUCAGACGAGGAGGAGGAGGAAGACGACGACAAGGAGGAGGAGGACGAAGGAGAAAAAGACGAGGAGGAUCCGAGCGGAGACAACCCGCUGGAUAAGAAGGAGAGGAAGAAGAUGGUGAAAGAAGCUCAGCGGGAGAAGAGAAAAUCCAAAGUCCCCAAACACGUGAAGAAGAGGAAGGAGAAGGUGUCCAAGAUGAAGAAGGGCAGAUGAUUUUAAAUCAGCAGACAAUAAAACUCUACAUCACAUUUUAAUCACGACUCCCUUUAUAUCUGUGUUGAUUUCCUCAACAUGAACAUUCCUGCCAGCUUUUAACAUUAACGUCCC